AUGGCGCGUCAUCUCUUUUCCGGUGCACUGCUGUGCCUCCUGGCCUCUGCCUCUGGCUUUGUGCCUCGCUCCGCUCCGGACGUGGAUGAAAGCUUCGGCUUGUAUGCCUACGGAGACACAAUCGGCGGACUUCAGAUAUUUUAUGCAGAUGUAGGAAAGGCUUUCGCUGGUGACCCAUCCAACUCGACUUCGUCCAACGCUGUCCCGAUUGUCUUUGAGCGUAGCUCAGACUCGUCUUCUAGCGAGUGGAUCGCAAACCCCAAUGGCACUGCCAAGGCAUCGGCUGGCUGGUCUAACGAAAUGUUGUACAUACCCAGCUCUUCUUCCUCUUCUCAUCAGAUGGGAUUCACCGCCAAAGCACUGUCCAACGAGACAACCACUGGCUUCAUUUUCUAUGGACAAUGGGUAAUGGUGGAGUCUGAUUCUGGAGAUAUCUCUUCCAGUUUCUAUGUUCAGAAGGCCGGCGAAGAACAAGGAGUCUAUUCUCUCCUGUGGGAUGCCUCCGAUGACGAUACUGCUCUUCCGAUCUCGCUCCGCUCUGCUGCGCCAUCAAAUGCAUGA